CUAGCCUAGCGGCUAACGCUAGUUUCCUGCUGCGACAGGCAGCUGCGGACGCUUCGAGCUGUCCGGUUCUUGGUGCAUCUUUGGUCCUGAGUUGUUUGAAGACUCGGACUCACGCGUCGAGGAAGUAAAAGCUCAAAGACUACACGCUGCUGCGUUAGCAUGAUUAGCUUAGCUGUGUGCUGUGAUUGAAGCGUCUGUCAAAUCAAGCUAGCUGUGGCUUCCUGUGAUAAAUGCAUGCAUGCAAGUGCUGCAGCUAACGACUGUUUUAUCAUCCAUUAACCUGCAGAAUGUUUUCUACACUAAGUGAUUAGUGAAUUGUUCAAUGUUAUGAAGAAAACAAACAAGUCAAACUUCCUCAAGAAUCAGAAGAACAUUACAUCCAGCUCUCAAAUAGAUCAGCUCCCCCCUUUGUUUUUCAUCUGCACCCACAUGAGUAAUCGUUGGUAAGAGAAAAUGAAGGUGAACAAAACGGCGCACGUCAGAGGCCCUGCUAAAUCUCAGAAGUGGAAAGAUGUGAGGGGGAAACGGUGCAGGCCUCCCAUCAGCUCCUCUCAGCUCAACUCGUCUCCUGUCAUCGCCAGGAUGGCAAAAGAGCACCAGGCGACCAUGAAGAAAAAACCCUCGGUCAAGAGACUGCAAACCAAAGCCAAGUCUGUGACUGACUCUAAGAAAAACACUUCACAGCCUGGACAGAAGAAAUCCUACAUUCAGGCUAAUGGAAGUGCAGCAUUUACGAUGGACAAUGAGUCCGAUGACUCACAGGAGUGGAAGGAGUAUUCCCAGUCAGUUCACGGGAACGGCGUGGAGGCCUCGGCUGACGCUCAGGAUGUUCGUCCAGGAAGACUGGAGGGAGAGGCCCUGCAUUACUGUGCGGAGAGGGACGGUCAGCAAAACCGUGCAGUGCUCGUCAUGCAGAUGGAUCAGACCCUGUGUUUCCGUGGGAAGUGCUUCUUGACCUGCCUGUACGGCCGUGUAGAAGUGAUGGGCUUCACUAUUGAAGAGGGCCAGCAGUCGUAUCCGCUCUUCUCCCCAGCCUCACAUUGUCCACUGACCAUUAGAGCAGUAGAAAGUUCUGCUCACACCAGAGAUCACAACACUGAGGCUUCACACAUCCUCCGAAAGUAUCUGUCAUCAGCAUCUCAGAAAAAGUUGCUCAAAAGCAUAACGUCACGCUCUUCCAUCAUCUUACUGGAGCCCAUGGAGACGCCUCUGACGCGGUUUCUGUCGAGUUACACAGAGCUCAAUGAAUUGUUCAGCCCCCCGAUGAGUGAACUUGUGUCGGCCGUUCUUGACACUCCUCUCAAUGGUUUGGGAAUGAUUCCUCUGAUGAGCUCCGUCGAGGGCCUGAAAUUGUCAAGGAGCAACAGAGAUGCUCUCAACACAGUGGUCAGCGCCUGUAAAGGGGACAUGGAU